AUGGACGCAGAGCAAUUCCAAACGUUUUUGCAAACCCUUAUCACAAGCCUUGCUGGUGUAACCGGGCCACAGAAUAAUGGUAAUCAAGGCAAUGUGGCACGAAUCGCAGUAAAAAUUCCUUCCUAUAAGGGAACACCUGAAGAAAACGUGAUGACUUGGAUGUUACAAGUGCAAAAUAUAUUUGCUGCUCAGAAAAUCGAAGACGAACAAUCAUGUAUACACUAUGCUGCUACGGGCUUUGAAGGAGCUGCUCUUCAUUGGUAUUUAAACCGUGUGCAAGCCGCUACUGUCGCUAAACAGCAGCAUGUAUUCGCUGACUGGGCCACCUUCGCUAAUGCGCUCCGAACCGCAUUCCAACCCCCCAAUCACCAACAAUACCUCCGUCAGCAACUCAAGAAACUGCGACAAACGGGAUCUGUACAGGAGUACGGUAUGCAGUUUCGAAAUUUACUGGGACAAAUAGAAGGGAUGGGAGACCUUGACCAGGUCGCGUACUUUAUUGAUGGCCUUAAACCCGCCACCCGAAUGGAAGUGAGCUACCAAGCUCCUACUGAUUUUGAAACCGCUUGGACACUUGCCGUCCGAUAUGAUAUUGCUAUGUACGGAGUGGGAAAACCAACAACCCAACGUUAUAAUAAUGACAAUACGCCAUCGCAACAACGUCAACACUGUCGACCAUUAUCACCGAAUACUGAUCAACCGACUCCGAUGGAACUAGACCAG